UGGGGUGUCAGUCCGCGUGCGCAGAUUCAAACGGUGGCUCUGGACAGAGGCUGGGCGCGAGAUUCGGCGGCAGGGUCGAAAAGGAAAAAACAACAACAACAAAAACCCAGCGAGGUCGGUGGCGCCUCCGGAAAGCGUCCGAGGCGGGGGACCGAGCAGUGGAAGCCGGACGAGGGCCCCGCUUGCUUGGUCCCCGACCCUUUCGCCUGCCGGUUCUGGCUGGGUGUCGGGCCAUGCCCCCUGUGCGGGGAACGAGGCGGGGCCGGGGCUAAAAAGCAGCGCCCCCCUUCCCGGACUCCCCUCCCGGGAUCGCCCGACCGCCUCGGCUGAGUGAGCGCCCCGGUCGGCGGUGCCACCCCCGCUCCCCUCUCCUUGCUUUAUGGUGCGCGCGAAGGAUGGCGAAGAGGCCGCGCAGUGAGGAAGAUGAUGAUGACCUUCAUUAUGCAGAUCAUGACUAUGAAGUACCACAACAAAAAGGGGCAAAAAAGAUAUGUAACAGAGUGAAAUGGACCCGUGAUGAGGAUGAAAAGCUUAAAAAACUAGUAGAACAACAUGGUACAAGUGACUGGACAUUUAUUGCUAGUCAUUUACAAAAUCGUUCUGAUUUUCAGUGUCAGCAUCGAUGGCAGAAGGUCCUAAAUCCAGAACUUAUUAAGGGCCCCUGGACUAAGGAAGAAGAUCAGAGGGUGAUUGAACUUGUUCAGAAAUAUGGUCCCAAACGCUGGUCUUUGAUUGCAAAGCACUUAAAAGGAAGGAUAGGGAAACAAUGUCGAGAGAGAUGGCAUAACCAUCUUAAUCCGGAGGUAAAGAAAUCCUCAUGGACGGAAGAGGAGGACAGAAUCAUCUAUGAAGCUCAUAAACGUUUAGGAAAUCGAUGGGCUGAAAUUGCAAAACUGCUUCCUGGGAGGACUGACAACUCAAUAAAAAAUCAUUGGAACUCUACUAUGCGAAGGAAAGUUGAACAAGAAGGAUAUUUACAAGAUGGAAUCAAGACAGAGCGCCCUUGUUUAUCAAAACUGCCACACAAAACUUGUGUGUCUACAGAUCAUCUGCAUGCCCAAAAUCAAUUUUACAUACCAGUUCAGACACAUAUACCAGGUUACCAGUAUGUCUCAACAGAAAGCAGCUGUUUAGACCACAUUGCAGCUCCUUCAAACUUCAUUCAGCAGCCGUUUGAUGAUGAUCCUGACAAAGAGAAAAAAAUAAAAGAACUUGAAUUGCUACUUAUGUCAGCUGAAAAUGAAAUCAGGAGAAAGAGAGUGUCCUCGCAAGCCGGAAAUUUUUCUAACUGGUCUGGAAACUUCAUCAUGGAAGAUAACAUGGCAAAUACUUUAAAUAGCCUUGGAGAGCAAACAAAUGACUUUUAUGAUAUGGAUGAUACACAAGCUGCAACCAAUCAGCAAACUUCACCUACCAAAUAUUUAGCUGUGGAAGCAAAUGCAGUGCUGUCAUCUCUACAGACCAUUCCUGAAUUUGCAGAGACACUAGAACUCAUUGAGUCUGAUCCUGUAGCAUGGAGUGAUGUCACCAGCUUUGACCUUUCUGAUGCGGCUCCUUCACCUGUCAAUCAAGCUCCAGUAAAAUUAAUGCGUAUUCAGCAUAAUGAUGGUGCCAUGGAGUGCCAGUUUAAUGUAAGUGUUGUACUUGAUGGCAAAAAAAUAUGUGAUGAAGAAGAGCCAAGAUCUCCAAAUGCAGCCAAAUUCAGUACUCCUCCUACUAUUUUACGCAAAAAGAAGAAAGUCAGAACUGGACAGUCACCAGCCUGUGAACAGAAUGAUGGAUUGUGUAGCAACAUUUCCAAUACUACACUAAAACAAACACCAGUGAAAACACUACCUUUUUCUCCUUCUCAGUUCUUCAACACAUGUUCUGGAAAUGAACAAUUUAAUCUUGAAAAUCCUCCAUUUACAUCAACUCCAAUUUGUGGCCAAAAAGUUCUUAUUACAACUCCCCUACAUAAUAAAGAUGUAACACCCAAAGAUCAAAAGGAAAAUGCUGGUUUUAGGACACCUACUAUUAGAAGAUCUCUGCUAGGCACAACACCAAGGACUCCAACUCCAUUUAAGAAUGCUUUAGCUGCUCAAGAAAAGAAAUAUGGCCCUCUGAAAAUUGUGUCACAGCCUCUUGCCUAUUUGGAAGAAGAUAUUCGGGAGGUUUUAAAAGAGGAAACUGGAACAGAUAUAUUCUUCAAGGAAGAGGAAGAGUCUGUCCAUAAAGGGUGCAAACUAGAGAACACUUCUGUAAAGAAAGUCAGGAAGUCAUUGGUCCUGGAUCCUUGGGAAAAAGAAGAACUUGGUGGCCAGUUUUUUGCCGAAGACAGUGCGUCAGAUGUGCAGUCAGAGAAUAUCUAUACCACGUCACUUCUAAUGAUACCAUUAUUGGAAAUACAUGACAAUAGAGACAAUACAACUCUGGAGAAACAGGAUUCUAAUUCUAAUUCAACAAAGCUGAAUGUAGCAUUGAAAAAAAAGCUGAAUAUAUGCACUUCAAAAAAUGUUAAAGCAGAAAAAACUCUUCAGGCAAAUUGUGAAUGGGAAGCUGUUGUUUAUGGGAAGACAGAAGAUCAACUUAUUAUGACUGAGCAAGCAAGAAGGUACCUGAGCACCUAUUCAGCUUCUGGCAGCACUUCAAGGGCUCUCAUCUUGUGAUUGUCUUAAAAACGUAUCAAUCUACUUUUUUUUUUCUUUUUAUUACAGACUUUAAGCUGAAAUGUUGUGUUUGCAGUACUUAUUUGAAGCUGCUUUCCAAGGGGAAUGUAAUACCCCUUUUUGGAAAAAUAAGAAAGAAUGCAAAUAACCCCCUCCCCUUUUUUAAAGCAAAUUUUAAAUGGUCUUUCGAAAGACCACUAAACUAAAUGGUGAAAGGAAUGACUGAAUAUUUUUUCUAUAAGCCAGUUUUCUAAAUUAUUCUUUAGUAUAUACAUCUAAUUUUCUGCUAAAGAAACUUUUACUAUAGAGUAGACUGGGUGUUUCGUAAUCUAUGAAAGGAAAAUGUACGUUACUCUUUGAAAAUGCUUUUGCUGAAGUCAUUUGCUUAUGUAGCGAUUUUAAACACAGAAGAAAGACUAAAGGAAGAAUAGAUGGUUGCACUACUUGUACAAGGUAUGCUGCACAGAAUUAACUACAGUGUUAAAUGUAUUUAUUUGAGAAUGCUACUUCUAAUAGGAGAAGACAGAGAUGAAUUGAAUUUUUAUUAGGAUAAAGCGUCAGUAUUCAUUAAUCUCAAACUGAGACCAUUGUUGAAUGUAUUGUACAGCAUGUGGGAGCAGAAUAGCUUUUGUAAAUUGUGAGGCAGUUUGUGUAUAAUUUAGUUUCUUUUAAAGCUUGAGGCUGCAAUUUCAUCUAGUGCCCACAUAUUUCCUGCUGUUUUGCAAAGCAACAUAAACUUGUCCUUGCCUCCAAUAGAGAAAGGAGGAAUAGUAACAUACUGCCUUUUGUUCAGAAACUAUAUAGAUAUGCAUUUUGCCUCUCCCUCUUCUUUCUUUAGUAUAGUCUUAGCCCUAAGCAAAAUAUCAGGCUCAGUUCAGUCUGGUUCAUUUGGAGAUGAACUGUAUUCCCUUUUGCCUUCCUGUCAUCCAAAUUCCGUUACACUUUGCUUUUCACUGCCAGUCUAGGUUGCCUGGUACACAAAUCUGAUGCUGCCCCCUAUUUGAGACCUAUAUCCUUUGGCUUUUAAGGCUUUGGGAUUCUAUGCACUGCAUUCAGAUUGGUGGAUCUUUGCAAAAUAUACAGUCAAAGGCAGUAAGGAAAAAGUAUGUAUGAUUUUGGAAGAUCAGGACAAAAGAAAUGGAUUAGUCCUGACUGACUGCCACCAUGAAGGAAAACAAAGGGUUUUCUUAUGUCAUUGAGAUGGGAAGUGAAGGAUUGCUUUCUUUAAUGUCUUAUUCUCAGAUUGUGCCUUCUGACAGUGCUGAGAGGGUGUUGCUAUUCCAUAAAUAUUGAGGCAAAUAUUAGGGAAUCCAGGAAAAAGGGCUGGUGGCUCUUGAUUCUGCAAGCAGCAUUAGCAGUGGGACAGAA